CCAGCUAAAGAAGUCUUCACGAUCUGCAGCAUCCCCUUUACACUAAUUUCUGCAUGAAGUUUUGGCUGAGGUAGUAACUUUGAAUAAGCAGGUACCAGACCUUGGUCAGGACACACCAUCAUUGGCAAAAGAGGUAUUAUAGAGUCGACAGCUGUCCUGUUUUGAGUUGGGGUGAUGAUGGCUCAGCUCCAGCAAGGAGGGCCCGAUGAAAAAGAGAAGACUACUGCAUUAAAGGAUUUAUUGUCUAGAAUAGACUUGGAUGAACUGAUGAAAAAAGAUGAGCCACCACUUGAAUUUCCCGAUACUCUGGAAGGAUUUGAGUAUGUCUUUAAUGAAAAAGGGCAGUUAAGACACAUAAAGACAGGGGAGCCGUUUGUUUUUAAUUAUCGUGAAGAUUUGCAUCGAUGGAACCAAAAGCGCUACGAAGCACUUGGAGAGAUCAUUACUAAAUAUGUUUAUGAACUACUGCAAAAAGAAUGCCACUUGAAGAAAGUAACACUCCCAGUUGAUGCAACUGAGAGUGAACCAAAGAGCUUUAUAUUUAUGAGUGAAGACGCGUUAACGAAUCCUGAUAAGCUGCUGGUCCUAAUUCAUGGUAACGGCGUCGUCAGAGCGGGUCAGUGGGCGAGGAGACUUAUAAUUAACGAAGACCUGGACAGUGGCACGCAGAUACCAUAUAUAAAGAGAGCUAUUGAGGAAGGCUAUGGAGUAAUAGUACUGAAUCCCAAUGAGAACUAUAUUGAAGUGGAGAAGACAAAAGCCCAAGUACAGCUGUCUUCUGAUAGCUCAGAUGAACCUGCCGAAAAGAGGGAAAGAAAAGAUAAAAUCCAGAAAGAAACAAAGAAGCGACGUGACUUCUACGAAAAGUAUCGAAAUCCGCAAAAAGAGAAAGAAACUAUGCAGAUGUAUAUUAGAGAUAAUGGAUCUCCCGAAGAACACGCAAUUUAUGUUUGGGACCAUUUUAUUUCCCAGUCAGCUGCGGAGAACGUGUUUUUUGUCGCUCACAGUUACGGUGGACUUGCCUUCGUAGAGUUGCUGAUUCAACGAGAGGCAGAAGUGAAGAAUAAGGUAACUGCUGUGGCGUUGACAGACUCUGUUCACAAUGUGUGGCACCAAGAAGCUGGGAAAACUAUUCGAGAGUGGAUGCGAGAGAACUGCUGCAACUGGGUGUCUAGCUCCGAGCCCCUGGACACCUCGGUGGAGUCCAUGCUGCCCGACUGUCCCCGCGUCUCUGCAGGUACGGAGCGCCACGAACUGACAUCCUGGAAGAGUUUUCCAUCCAUUUUCAAGUUCUUCAGCGAGGCCAUGGAGGCAAAGAACAGCUCGGUGAAACCCACCCCGACGCGGCGCUCCAACAGGAUAAAAUACGAAGAAUUGUAAAAGGAAGAGAUGGGGAGGGGGGGGAAGAAAAGAAAAAAAAAUAAAUAAACCCACAACCAACCACCACACAAAACCAAAAAAAAAAAAGAAAAUAAGAGGCAACAAACCAACCACCAACAACAACCAAGCUCUUGGCUGCUCCUUGUUUUCUGCGAGCGGUCUCCCGGCCCCUCAUUAGAUUGUUUUCUUCCUGGAGCACAGGGUCGUGAUGUAUACAUCUAAAUAGCGUUUUGCAUUAUUUCUAGAUGAGUGCAACUGUCAAAGCAAUAUGGGUUCACUGGUUGUGCUUCCUGUGGGCUGUAGCUGGGAUUUGGUGCUGCCCGUCAGCGCGCAGAUUAAGGCUGACAGCGGGGCCACGCAGCGCCGCGCCGCGCCGCCCUAAUUGCCCUGACACGGCCCCCGCACCCGGACCCUGCCAGAAUUUAACAGCUUCCUCCUGGUCCUAUCGCCUCCAGGAUCCUACUGCUGCUUCUUUCCAUUCCCAAGCAGAACAAAAUAAGCGUUACUCUUGGCUUUGGUUUGGUUUGGGGGUUGUUUGUUGGGGUUUUUUUUCCUAAAAGACCGCUUUCACUCACAAAUCCUCACCAGCCCUUGGUGGUUUUUACACCCAGCAGCCUUCUUUUUCUCUGGGACCAAGUGGGAUCAACUCCUGACUCUCUUUUUUUUUUUUUUUUUUUUUUUUUUUUUCUGCUUCUGGCCGGAGGGUCCAAGAAGUUUGGUCCAGAUUUAUGGGAAAGCCCCCUUUGUUGUAGAGAUUUUCUCCUCCUGCCGGAUCAAUGGCAUUAUCUGUAGAUCUUCUCUUCCUUUUGAAAGCUCCGCACUUAAAAAAAAAAAAAAAAAAAAAAA